CCAUAUGUUUACUUUUCUUUUCUUAUUAACGUCCAUGUAUACGCCUGUUAUGCGUGUUGUAGACAUGUUUAUAAUCAGGUGUAAUGUGUCUUUCAAUGACACUCAGCUUCCGUGUUUUAUUUGUAGGCUAUUAGAGAAAAAUUGUUGUUGCCAUGUUCUACUUGCUAAUAAGUCAAAUCCGUUGAAGGGUCUUAGCCCAUAGAGGCUGGUUGCUUGAAAUUAGGGACCAGCUACAGUUUUGCUAAAUUGUGAUCAUGGAUAAUAACGUCAGCCUAUUGAAUUCAGUUCAACGAUUUUGCGAGAACACAGCGAGAAUAAUUGGCCUCGGGUAGGCUAUUGAGUUGUAUAUGCUUGGUAAAACUGGUAUUUUGUGGGGAUAGAUCAUCUCCCUAUGUGUGUUUAGGCCUCAGUUGAAAUAACGAUCAAUAGGGCAUGUGAGUUUUGUUCGAUAGACGGAGUCUAGACUCACUUCCGUGUUUAACUUUUCAAGUUUUAGAAUCGGUGCCCGUGGGGGUGGGCCCAUGAGAUAAUCGGUUCCUGCCAUUCUGAGUUAGACUACUGGGCGGAGUUUCAUCAAUAUAGUUGUAUCUGAUUUUACAGCUUAUGUAUAGUAUCAGUGAAUGCAAUAAACCUCCCAUCUGAACCAUACAAUCAAUUUCGUAGUUUUGUGAAAACAGUAACAGUAAACACUCAUUCAUUUAUUGCAGAUGACAUGCACACUAUUCAUACUAUUUUUCUCACACAUUUCACCCUCUGACUGUGUCAAUUCACUGCCUAACCGCGUAAUCAUUUUAGCUUCAGUUUUGCUCAUUCAAUCAAAUUAUUGUUUUCAAUGACAAUGAAUGGAUGAAAACUUCCUAUCUUGAGAAGGAAAGUAGGCUAUACCAUAGUCUUAACAAGAUUAAGAUUACAUGAAAGAUGCAGUCAUGCAAUCAGAUACGAAAUCAGACAGAUAUGAAGAAGAAAAGAAAGAAGGCCCGAAUUUAAACAGCAGUAUAUACACACAAACAAGUGUAGGACUAUUUUAUACUGGUUUACGUAUAGAUUUGCCCGUCUCCUCAAAGCACUGGUGCAUGUUAAAAUCCAUUAGGCUUACUUGCUCAAAAUACCGGUGCUUCUGUGUGGUUCAUAACUGUGGUUUUACAAGACAAAUUCGUGGUGUAAUAAUCUACCAGAAGACCAGUGCACUCAGGGGUGCAUCGGCUGUACAUUCGCACUGUAAAAUCUUUUAUUGAUUUUAUUUUACAAGUUCGCACCCACUACAACAGCAGUUAACAGCGGCAAAGAAUGGCGAAGCUCCGCCCUGGAAUACAGAAAGCCAAGAACCGGAAAUGUCAUAACACCUAUGUGAGAAAGUAUGUGUGUUGUGUUCAGAUCACAGCAUGUGUUUGUCAAGAUUUCGUUUUUUCUUCCCACAGGCGCUGUAGGCUACAUGUAAGAGUCUACAAUUAUGGCUAUGGCGCUGAAUGUAGAUAUAAAUAUGAAGUCAUCCGACCUCAUCAAGAAAGAGCCACUGGACUACGGGGGCUUCGGGGAGGUCUAUCUCUGUUAUCACAAAACACUUGGCCAAGUUGUCAUGAAAACUGUGUACACUGGUCCACAGCGAAAUGAAGUUCACCGUCAGUCUCUGCUGGAUGAGGGCAGUCUGAAGAAGACACUAAUCCAUGAGCGGGUGGUGAAGUUGCUGGGAGUGAUUCUGGAGGAUGGGGACUACUCUCUGGUCAUGGAACUCAUCCCCAAGGGCAACCUACUGAACAUGCUGGAGGAGGUGUCUGUUCCACUGUCCAUCAAAGGAAGAAUCAUUGCGGAGAUACUUGAAGGCAUGGUUUACUUAACCGAGAACCAUGUAAUUCACAAAGAAUUGAAACCGGAGAACAUACUGGUGGAUGAUGGCCUCCAUAUCAAGAUUGCAGACCUGGGAUUAGCCACUUGUCAGAUGUGGAGCAGGCUGACCAAGGAGGAGUCUCGCAGGAAGAGCCAUGCAGGUCGUAUCGGCUGCCCACGAGGGGCUGCCACCCUCUACUACCUGGCCCCUGAGCACCUAGAGAGUAUCCACGAACGUUUCACGGAGAAGUCGGACAUCUACAGCUUCGCCAUUGUCGUCUGGGUAAUCCUGGCUGACAAGGAGCCAUAUGAGAAUGCUAGGUCUGAGGACCAAAUCUGCCAGUGUGUGCGCAAAGGCGACCGGCCAGACGAUGAAAGCAUUCCAGAAGACACACCACAAGAUAUCCUCUCGCUGAUGAAGCAGUGCUGGAACCAGGAUCCUCUACAGCGCCCGACCUUCAAAGAGGCGUAUGAGAAGUUCCUCCCCUUCUACAAAGAGUGUUUACAGAAUGACGUGGAGAGUGACUCCCAGAAACUCAAGGGCUUGUAUACAGGCCCAAAGGAAUUGGUGGAGAAGAUGAAAUAUCUCAGAAUGGGGCACCCCGGCCUGACAACACCUGAUAAACGAGCCAUGGCCACCGACAGCCCCGCGUCUCUCCGGAGCUCCGAGAUGUCUCCCGUGGAGGCCAGCAUCGAGGACCUGCACUUCUGUGUGGCCUCUGAGCCCAGCCUGCAGGUGGACGCGACCCCCGCCAGUGGCCUGGAGCAGAAGCUGGCCCAGGAGCUGGACUACCACAAGCACGGCAGCUACAGCUACAGCCAUAACGACCAGCCCGACAGUGCCCACUUCCAGCCGCCCCUGCACACCCCCCCCUACAUGCACACCCCCCCUUACCUGCACACCCCCCCUUACCUGCAGCACCCGCCACCACUGCUGCCCGCCAACGGUCGCUGGCCCCUAGAGGUGCCUUGCCAGGAGUCCUCUGUGCAGUCCUGGGCCAAACCCGACACCGUCCCACAAAGCCCGGAAGACAAACCCACAGCCCACUCUAUUGCUGGAGGAGUGCCGGACGUGAGAUGCCAGAGCCAGACGUCAGGAGGUCCGUAUUCUCAUCAGCACCCUGGGGUUCAGCGGCUCAUGUCCUGGCCCAACUACCCAGUGCCGGAGUCAGCCAGGCCAGAUUUGAUGUCUGCCAGCAUGCGAAUCAACAGCUUUGGACCAGGACCUUCACAAGAACCAGCUAUUCAGAUUAUUGGUGGCCGUGCCAUCCAGAUUGGCCACAACAACACAAUGAGUGUCCUCUCUCCUGACCCCGACUCCAUGAAGUCUCAGUCUAAUGAAGCGUGCACCAACACGAUGCACAAAGAGCUCCUGCAGAAGUAUUAUGACCACGCCGUCACCGAGGACCAUCUGGAACUGCUCCGGGAAAACAUCGCCGGCAACUGGAAGCGCUGCGCCCGGCGCCUGGGCCUGACCGACGUGGAAGUGGACACCAUCGACCACGACUACAGCCGCGACGGCCUGAGCGAGAAGGUGCACCAGAUGCUGGAGCGCUGGCGCAUGAAGGAGGGCUGUGUGGGCUGCACCGUGGGCCGGCUCUACCGGGCGCUCAAAGAAUGCGUCAAGGUGGACCUGCUGCUCAACCUGCUGCUCACCUGUCAAGAGAGCACAAGCCCCUAGGAAGGAAGGAAGGAAGGAACUCACUGAAAAGUCUCACUGAGACAGCCAUCAGACUAUCAAACUGCGAAUCACCCACCAGCACCCAAACUGACAUCAGCCUUAAGUGUUUGACUUUUCAAAAGAACCCCAACGAAUGAAUGAAUAUUUUUAAUUUUUUGCAAGGUCCUAACUGGCCCCUUUAACACACCUCCACACACUGAACAGUUUCAUGACCCUGUGUGUGUUGUGGCCGCCUCUACCUCUUUGUUUGGAUGACGACAGAAUGACGGCUAGAACACCAAAGGUUUUGGAUCAGUUUGGCCACAAGAGUGAGCACUGUUAUUUAACUGAUGGUUGCUGGUGCUGAUCAGUGAAGAUAAAGUCCGGUUCAAUGAAGGUUUUAUUGCAUUCUAUCCAAAAACUAUCGAAAGGUUUUGUUUAAUUUUUGAUACAUUUAUUGAUUUGAUACAUUAUUUGAUUACAUUUAGAAUAUGGUUUAUUCUGAAGUGUACAGAUAUACAUUUUCAUCCGUAUGUGUAUUCCCUGGCUAUUGAACCUGACCGUGGUGUUGUUAGCACCUUGCUCUACAAGUUGAGGUCCAGCAAGACAUUUCCCAUUAAUAACAUUACUCACUACUUAAAACUCACUCAACAGAAGUUGUAUCCUAUGAGCCACUCUGCCAUCUAUAGAAUCACACAAGCGCUGUAUCGUUAAACCUCAACCAGAGGCUGUAAAACACAAUGAAUAGGUCCUGUGGAGAAUCAUGGUGUCAUUAAAGCCGUAAAGCCGGCCCUAGUUAUUGUAGUACAUGCAUGCCAAUGCUUUGCUGUGUGAGGGCCAAACUAGGUUUGAUUGUUUUUCUUAUCUUUGCAGUACAGUAUCAUCUUUUUUGUUUGUUGUUUUCAUGUUUUAAACUUGUCCACUGGAGGGAACUAACAAAAAUACUGUCUACCUUUUUAUAUGAUGAAACUAAACCCAACUGACUCAAUA